ACAACACAGCUGGGAAAUAUUUUGCACUUAGAAAAUCUUACAUUUUUGCAAUUAUUUGUGAAAUGGCUUCAAUAAACUUUGAAAUUAAAUUAAAACGAGAAAAUAAAAUAUAUUAUGAAGGUGAACUAUUAACCGGUUGUGUUCAAUUCACUUGUCCCUCGGAGGCCAAACAUGAUGGUAUCACUUUAACGCUAGAGGGUGUGGUAAAUCUACAGUUAAGCAAUAGUAAAUCUGUGGGCUUACUAGAUGCUUUCUAUAAUUCCGUUAAACCGAUUACUCUGUUCAAUUCGGUCUAUGAGUUAUCAACUCCUGGUAAACUUUCUUCGGGUGUCUCAGAAUUCCAUUUUGAAUUUCCUUUACAGUGUAAAAAAGAACCACGUAUAUUAUAUGAAACCUAUCAUGGCGUUUUUAUUAGCAUCAAUUAUCAACUUAAAUGUGAUGUAAAGCGCAGUUUUUUAGCCAAGUCUUUGCAAAAGACACAACAGUUUUGCAUACAAUAUAAACCACCGGCCGAGGACAGUGUUAAAUUACCUUCGAAAGAGGUCAACUUUAGUAUAAGUCCCGAAAGUUUACAGAAAAAUACCAAGGAACGUAUAACUAUGCCCAGAUUUUUAAUUACGGGUAAAUUGGAACGCACUGAAUUUUGUAUAACACAGCCUUUGAAGGGUCAACUGACAAUACAACACACAGAGGCAGCCAUUAAAUCAAUUGAAUUGCAAUUGGUACGUGUUGAAACAUGUGGUUGUAAUGAAGGUUAUUCUAAGGAUGCUACCGAAAUACAAACUAUACAAAUAGCUGAUGGCAAUAUUUGCCCGAAAUUGGAAAUACCUAUUUACAUGAUUUUACCAAGGCUCUUUACUUGUCCCACUUUAAUAACAAAGAAUUUUAAAAUUGAAUUUGAAUUGAAUUUGGUAAUUGUCUUCAAAGAUGACUAUAUUAUAAGUGAAAACUUUCCCAUAGUAUUAAAACGUUUGCAUGCACCUCCUGGAGUUAAAGUCUUAAAUCGUGGAGCAUAAAUUUAAGUUAUUUUUAUUUUUAAUAUACAUACUAAUUCUAUUGUUAAGUAUUAAGAUAAUAUAUAAUAUUAUUAACCAAAAAUAAAACUACUUAUUGUAAUUUAUCAUA